AUGGAGGCUUCCCUGCUCAACAAGGACCAGCAUCAAAACUUCGACCCUAGAAACCUCUAUGGCUCACAGCCUGUUCACAGAGUCUCCCAACCUCAGCCUGUUCAGAGCCUUUCCUCCAGACAACCUGCACAGAAUAUGCCUCUAGGUCAAACUGUACAGAAUGUCCCGCACAAACAACCUAUGCAAGGUGUGCCUCAUGAACAGAACUUACCUUUCAUGCAGACUGUACAGGGUGUUGUGGUUGGACAGCCAGGAAACGUGGCCAAUAGGCAGCCGGCACAAGGUGUUGUGUUUGGACAGCCUGUACAUAACAUGACCAACAGGCAGCCUGUGCAGGGUGUUGUGAUUGGACAGCCUGUACAUAACAUGACCAACAGGCAGCCUGCACAGGGCUUUGUGGUUGGGCAGCCUGUACAUGACAUGGCCAACAGGCAACCUGCACAGGGCUUUGUGGUUGGACAGCCUGUACAUAACAUGGCCAACAGGCAGCCUGCACAGGGUGUUGUAGCUGGGCAGCCUGUACAUAACAUGGCCAACAGGCAGCCUGCACAGGGUGUUGUAGCUGGGCAGCCUGUACAUAACAUGGCCAACAGGCAGCCUGCACAGGGUGUUGUAGCUGGGCAGCCCGUACAUAACAUGACCAACAGGCAGCCUGCACAGGGUGUUGUAGCUGGGCAGCCCGUACAUAACAUGACCAACAGGCAGCCUGCACAGGGUGUUGUGGUUGGACAGCCUGUUCAUAACAAGGCCAACAGACAGCCUGUACAUGGUGUUGUAGCUGGACAGCCUGCACAUAACAUGGCCAAUAGACAGCCUAUACAGGGUGUUGUAGUUGGACAGCCUGUAUAUAGCAUGGCCAACAGACAGCCUAUACAGGGUGUUGUAGUUGGACAGCCUGUAUAUAGCAUGGCCAACAGACAGCCUAUACAGGGUGUUGUAGCUGGACAGCCUGUAUAUAGCAUGGCCAACAGACAGCCUACACAAGGUGUAGCUGGACAGCCUACACCUAACAUAGCCAACAGACAGCCUAUACAGGGUGUUGUAGAUUGA